UGACGUCAUGACGAGGCAAUCGUCCACACAAACAAGAUGGCGGGAAGUCCAAGGGUCAGCACACAGCUGUGACGUUUUAUGAACGAUUCUAGCAUUUUGGGGCCUCUUGGCUGCUCACACAUAAGCCCUUACGAAGCACCAGUAAGUCUUCUGUGUAAGGAAGACUUUCUUGACGUCUCUAGUUCGAGGUUUUGAUCAACUGGAGUCCACAUGGCACCCAGAAGGACGACAUCAAGGAACACAAGGUCAGGGAUCAGAGGUCAUCCCUACAGGUCAGGUGGCCCAAGGUCCUCAGCCCCAAGGGUCAGAGGUCAGUCCACCAGGUCGCAGGUCACCAGGACUACAGAAGCACCUGCCGACCUGGGUAGAGGUCAAAUGAGAACCAGGGCUCAGAGGUCAGGGGUCAGAGUACCUAGCUCUCAACCAAGAGGCCAAAGGUCAGGCAGGAAUGCAAUAAAUGUAGAUUCUGCUCCCCCAGCCACAGAGGAGAGGUCAGCCUUUUCUGCUGCUCAGAAUAGUGUAGAUGCACAAUCUGGUAAUGACGCCAAUAGCAGUGCAGGAGGAAGUAGUAGAGUUCGAGCUGAUGCAGCCACAGUUGAGAGGAGGAGAGGGAGUGGGAGCGGUAUCCGACCAGUUGCCACCCGUAGGUCUAGCAGACUGCGCGGGCUAGAGGCCACGUCAGGCUCUCCUUCCGACCAACCUGUUACUAACGGCACCACUAGGAGUGGCUCCACUGGUGAGACAAGAGACCGAGUCGAUGGCUCUUCAGUAACAGCAGGAAGCAACAUUCCAACCGGAGGCCCACCUGUACAGCAAGUUGCACAGCAGGGUAACAGCAAUGGCAUCCAAGAGCAAGGGAACCAACAGGGCGGGAACAUGGCUACCGGUACCCCCACCCCCCUGCUCAGUACGGGAAGGUUCAGCGCGUACUACGUGGGGAGGGCCAAUCACUUUUAUUCCGACCUGCUCAGCCUGACGCCGCAGCCCACACGUGACCGCGGGAACAGUGGGUACAACCUCCGCCGGAGAUGGGCCACACGGAGCUCCACAGACACAGGUGGAUCAAAUCAGCCUAGAAGUGCACCAGCGCCCCCUAGAAGUGCACCAGCGCCCCCUGUCAACUCACCGCCGCCUGGCAGGCUGCGGGAGGGCCCUGUCACCCGGAGCCAGUCUCGCCUGCGCCAGGCAUCGCAGUCGCAGGGGACCGUGUGGCGUCAGGGUCGGUUCCGGAUACGCCACCCCGGGCCGGUGGAACCCGGGCACGAGGAGGACAGCAUGCAGCACGCCAUGGACAUGCUGACAGAUCUCUCCUCACCAAACAACACACGCGACGAAGACACCCUGUCCGAGUCAAGCAAUGGGUCGGACCGCAGCGGGAUCCCCGGGGAGGCACUUCCCGAGAACUUCCUCGGGUUUGGGCCGGAGUUCUGGCAGGGGCGCCGACUGGUCAGCAUCCGGUUCGUUCGCGACCACAGCAUCCUCGACUACUUCCCCGCCACAGGGAACAUGUACAUCUCCUCGCUGGACGAGCCGCCGCGGGGACUCACCCCGCAGGAGAUCGAGAACAUCCCGUACCGGAAUUUCGCCCGGAACGAGGAGGCAAAGACCUGCAGCAUCUGUAUCGUGAACUACAGGACUGGCAACCGCGUGAAAAUGCUGCCGUGUGCACACGAGUUCCACGAGGCCUGCAUCAAGCGCUGGCUGAGGGACCACGAGAACUGUCCCACUUGCAGGCAGCCAGUCAGGGAGGCUGACCGCGCAGCUGCUGCAGAGGCAGGUGCUGAUGGUGAUGAUGCAGGUGCAGCCGCUGAUCCAGGUGCUGCACCUGAAAACAACUCCACACCCGCAGAUCCUCCUGCUACCAAUGGUGUGUCGGUAUGUCUGACGAUCCUGUUCAUUCUGUUUACCAAUCGGCUUUGGGAAACUACCGGGGCAAUCAAGUUUCGGCUGGAGCCAGACCUGUCAACGGCGGAUUUGACGGCAAGUGGUCGGGAGGAGGCGAGUUUGUCGCCGCUUGCCCCGGACCGAAAACUGACGACCACAACCUCGCCGCUGCCCGCAGAAGAUGGGGAAAACGAAUUGUUGCCUACCGGUCCGGACAGUCCUAGUCGAGAAGACGAAGCACCAGAGGCUCCAAAAGAGUCCUCGCGGCCAUCGUACCUUUACCUACCCGCUUGUGAUAGUUGCGGCCUGGGCACUACGAUGUUUCAGUUCGCGUCCGCGUAUGGCGUAGCGAAACGCAACAAGAUGGGCUUACUACUCAGUCCUUCCUUUGGUUUAUGGAAGGUUUUUGGCCAGCUCGAGUUCAACGGGACCAUGUCAGAAGAAGCGGUGAAGUCGUCUGGAUUUAAGCAGUUUGAGGACAAGAGGAUACGGGUCUACAACCCCGAGUUAGAGACGCUACACACCGUGCAGCAGAACUGGACCCUCGGCACAAGCCGGCUCCAGUCUUGGAAGUAUUUUCAGGACUACGCGAAGGACUUAGGAAGGCAGUUUACCUUUAGCGCAGGCUUGAGGCCUAAGGUGGAAUCGUUCUUGACGCAAGCGGCAAAAGAAGGUAGGGACGUCGGUACAAACUCUUCUGUACUACCGGGGGCGUUUGUCGGCGUCCACGUCCGCAGAAAGGGGCUAACGGAGGGGUACGAACAACAACAGGGUGAUCUACUGUCAGCGGAAUGGUACCUGAAACAGGCUAUGUCUUCUUACCGGAAGAAGUACACAAACGUAACGUUUAUCGUCUGCAGCGACGCCGAUACGGAGUGGUGCAAGUCGCACAUAGCAGCGGAGAACAACGACGUGGUGUUUUCGGAAGGGCACACGGCGGUGGAAGAUUUGGCCAUCCUGGCCGCCUGCAAUCAUACCGUGAUGACGCUAGGGGCGUUCGGGUGGUGGGGCGGAUGGCUGGCCGGCGGAGAGGUUGUGUACUAUAAUGGCGGGUACAUAAAGGCGGACAUCAUCAUGGACGCACAGAUGACAGGGGAAGACUACAUGCUCCCCGAGUGGAAGGGAAUGGGUUAAAGCGAUGUUAUGUAAG